AUGUUCGAGGCGGCUGCACGAUUGCAAACCCAAAACCAGGAAAUGGUAAAAUGGAUCGGUUGUCUGCGCGAGAAGCGCCAGAAGCUGACGGACAAGAUAGCGCUUCAAAUGCAGGAACGAAAAACGCUGGAGAAAGAAAUAGAGCGGCUCCGAAAGCAGCUAGUCGUCCUCGAUCAGCAGCUGGAAACUAACCGACAGGAACUACACGAACAGGAAAGUAAACUAGGCGAAGCCGAGAGCGGAUACAACAAAAUAGUGGACACGAUGUCCGUUUUGCUGAUGUCAGUGCAAGCCGAUGCUAAAAGUGAGCAGAAGAAAGAACACUGA